AUGGCUUCCAAAGGAAUAGAUCCAGCCGGUAAUCCUCGUGAUGCAGCUAUCACUAUCGGUCCAUUCAAGCCAUCUCGACCAGGUUAUGGACCAGUACUGUCAUAUCUUCAAGCAGCACAACUUGAUACACCAUUGAAAAUUCAUCCCUUACUACAACUCAGAACUUGGGAUCCUAAACCUUAUGCGAAAUACCUAGCCUGGAAUGUUAUCGAGCAUCCAAUGUUUGCCGCUAUUUGGGUAGAUUUCGAUGGGAUCAAAGAGAGAGGCCAACCUGCUACUUCACCUAUCGUGGAAGAACUGAAUUUAGGUCAUGUAGAAACAGGCUGGUCUAUACGUGUGAGAAAUCGUAUGGGCAUAACAUGCGAAGAUGUCUUGUUUGCAAUAUAUGAUUUCUUUGCGUCUCCACUGUACGUUGAUGAAUUAGGUGAAAUGCAUCCAAGAGCAGUCAGGAUCAUGGAACAGCAAUACUUUGAGAAACGGCGAAUGGGAUUUUUCGAUUUGAUGGAGGGAUAUCGUAAAUCCGAUGCGCUCCUCGGUCAAACGUAUUUCGAUGGUAUUCAUAACGAUCAAGAAAGCGUGGAUCGUCUUAAGAGGAAAUACAACUUCCAUUCUGCUAAUCUACUUUUGAUAAGAUUCGGUAAUUGUUGA